GUAGCAUAGAAUCAGAGAGUAUAUAAAAGGUAACUUAUUCAGUGGUUCUGAGAUGACAUACGGUCUGAAAUUUUGUCUUUGGGCUGUCUAUUGUCAGAAGGAUUUAGCCUUGGCCAAUGAGAGAGGAGUAGGAGUGUGGAAAUCACAGGACGCUAUAGAAGGCAGUGAAGACACAUCAAGCACUCGUGUGAGGAUGGCAGCCAGUUUCUCUUUCCUGGAAGAGGACCUGUCGUGUACAGUGUGCUAUCAGAUAUUCAGGGAGCCAGUGAUCCUGCUCUGCAGCCACAGCUUCUGCAAGGCCUGUCUGGAGGAGAGCUGGAGUAAACGGGAGACGCAGGACUGCCCAGUCUGCAGAAGGUCCUCCAGAGACCAGUUGCCUCCCAACCUGGCCCUGAGGCAUGUCUGUGAGACUCUACUGAGGGAGAGGGAGAUUAAGGACUCUCCUGGGCUCACAGAGGAGGCGACAGAGGGGCCCUCACAGGGUAAAAACACCAGCCACAGGGGGUUACAGGGUGUGUGUGGUUUACACUCCCAGAGGCUCCAGCUCUUCUGCCUUGAGGAUGAAUGUCUGGUGUGUGUGGAGUGUGUGUCGGAGCAUGCAGGCCACAGCUUCUGCUCUCUCGUGAAGGCAGCAAGCCAGAGGAGAGAGGGGCUCAGACCCACACUGGAGACCUUGGAGGAGAAAAUGUCUGCCUUCUGCAAAGCCAAGCUUAACUGUGACAAAAUGGCUGCUCACAUCGGGGCGCAGGCCAAGCUAGCAGAGAAGCAGAUAAUGAAAGAGUUUGAGAAGCUACACUGCUUCCUGAGAGAAGAGGAGGUGGAGAGGCUAGCUGCGCUGAAGGAGGAAGAGGAGGAGAAGAAUAAAAGGAUAAAGGAGAGAGUGAAGGAGAUAAGUAAGAUGAUGUCAUCUCUGUCGGACACAAUCAGGGCUGUGGAGGAGAAGCUGGCAGUGGAUGAUUUGUUGUUUCUGCAGAGCUACAAGACUAUGAUGGAGAGAGCACAGAGUGCGCCUAAGGACCCACAGCUGGGCUCAGGAGCACUGAUCAACUUGGCCAAACACCUGGGCAAUCUCAAGUUCCAGGUCUGGCAGAAGAUGCAGGGGGCAGUGAAAUACAUGCCUGUAGUUCUAGAACCAAACACCGCACAUCCCUAUCUCUAUCCAUCUGAAGAUCUGUCCAGCCUACGAUCUGAAGAUAAAGGACAGAGUCUCCCAGACAACCCAGAGAGGUUUGAUUCAUACCGUGACAUCCUGGGUUCAGAGGGGUUCACUUCAGGGACACACUUCUGGGAUGUGGAAGUCGGAGAAAAUGAUGACUGGAGGGUAGGGGUGGCCAGUGAGUCUGUUAGUAGGAAACAUGGGUUAGAUGAAGAAGAAUGUGGAAUAUGGGCUGUUGGGGUAGCUAAUGGUGAACCUUAUAAAAUGAAGAAGAAGACCCAGAGGAUCAGAGUUUCGCUGAAGUGGGACAAACAGGAGGUGUCCUUCAUUGAUCUUAGUUCAUACACACAAACCCUCAGAACAUUCAAUCACAAAUUUACAGAGAGGAUGUAUCCAUACUUUUAUUUGUUAAAUGGUCAACCACUACAGAUCCUUCCAGGGAAAGUCUCUUUAAAUGUGGAAAACCAUGUGGAAAACCAUGAUAUGGAAUUGUUUUAAGGUGGCUAUACCAUGGAUCAUUUAGCUACUUGAUUUAGAAUUUUAGGAUUAUUUGAUAAAAUAUUGAGUUUGGUCUUUACUGCUAUGGCCCAUAGAAAUGCAUUGAAUAACACAUUAAUAAAUGGCAAAACAGACAGUCAAAAAAUAGGAUAAGGUUUUGAAGUGUCUGUCCUAUACAGUAUCUAGGAGAUACUGUUUAAGAAAACUCAGGAAAUAUGUAUAUAUUUUUUACACAUUUAAACCCUUUUUUUGUUGGCACAAACUAUUUCCACACUUCCAUAAUUCUUUACAACCGGUACUGGGUUACUUUCAGAUGAGUCCCGUGACACUUGUAGGGGUUGUAGAACAAAACAGAGAACACCAUCGUGUCCGUGAGGGUCUCCCCUUUCCAUAUUAGUUUUUUGUCAAAACCGUUCGGAUGCUACAGACGUUUGGUAACCUAACAGUGCAGUUCAAAGGCCAAAUCUUGACCAAGACAGCAGGGAAGAUUACAGGAAUGACACUUCCCUCCUCUCUCCAGGAUAAUUUAGAUGAGACCAGAAGAGAGACCAAAGUACAACGUAUCUUUUCUCCUAUUCUCAUCAAUGUUACUUUCCUUUGGUUUUGUGGCUUUUGAUGCUAAACAGAAUCUAUCCCAUUGUUAUUUAAAAAAUAUGUUUUGAGAAUUUCUUUGAUUGAACUAAAGUAGAUUCCGGCCUAUUGUUCAUUUAGAAUCGUCAGCUUGCCAAACUCCUUAUCAAUGUGCAAGACAGGUGUCACGUUCGUCGUAACAUUGAAGAGAGGACCAAGGCGCAGCGUGAUAUAAAUACAUUCUUCUAAUUUAUUAUAACGUAACGAAGAAUACUUAAACAUACUUGCAAAACAAUAAACGAACAUGAAGCUAUAAUUUAAACAAGUGCAGACACAGGCAACUUACACAUAGACAAUCACCCACGACAUACCCAAUGAAUAUGGCUGCCUAAAUAUGGCUCCCAAUCAGAGACAAUGAUAAACAGCUGCCUCUAAUUGAGAACCAAUCUAGGCAGCCAUAGACAUACAAACACCUAGACUAGACAAAGCCCCUAGACAUGACAAAAACACCCACAUCCCCCAAGUCACACCCUGACCUAACUAAAAUAAUAAAGAAAACAAAGACAACUAAGGCCAGGGCGUGACAACAGGACUUGUAUAAAAAGGUAAAUAUUGAAAAAAGGCUAGUAAAUUGAUUUAUUUCUUCUUCAAUAAAUAUUUUCUGUUUUGGGUGGUUAACUUCCAGAAGAUGGAAUUCCAACCCUUCUAAAUGACCAUGCCUAGUGUUGUUGGAGCCAUGGGGAAUAUAGGGAUGAGGAUGACCAGACACGGAGAAUCUGCUUGGUCACGCAGCUCUGCCUCACCUUGUCUCAAUCUCUCCAUCCUGUCUCCUUUCCUUUCUCCACGGCCCAGUCGACUUGAUCGCAUCAAUAGAAAUCCCAUUCAAACCCAUACUGGAGAAGAGCUGAAAAAUCAAUGGUUUGCAUAUCACCUGAUUAGAUCUGUGUGCGUGUGUGCCGGCUUGUUGUGUGUGGGGCAUGGGGCCAGGGCCCCGCGGGCGGCAGCCCCUCUACAUGGGAAACAGUAAUGAGAUUACCCCAGCCUCCAGGACCCCACACAGCAGACACAGUGAUCAGAUUAGGGAAAAGGACACUGAAACUUUUAGAAAGCUAUGUCUGUCUGUCUGUCUGAGGGGAAUGAAGCUCUCUCUCAGUAGGCCUACUGUUUUUUUCUUGAGCCUUUCGACCAGUUCUCUUUUUUCUCUCUGGCGACCAUGCCUCAGUGUUCCUGUAUGCCUGCCGCUAAGCAAGUGUGACCGCUUUGGGAAUCGUGGCGAUGCAGCUGUUGGGUGUGUAGAGGCUCUUGGCUGUCUGCGGAAGCCUGCGCUAGCUGAAGGUGUUGGCCAUGGGGGGGUUGAUCAUGUCACUUUGAUGGAUUAGUGAUCUCAUUGCUAGCUCCAACGAUUAGGUCACCAGCCCAGGAGACAGCAAACCACCUACCAGGAGAUAGCAAACCACCUACUGCGAAAUGCUGAUGCUAGACUUGUCCACCGAUUCUAAGUCACUGCAUCAAUGCCAAGCAGAGCUCCAGAUAGUCAGAGGGCCUCCGUGAAUAAUAGGCCAGAGUCCCCUUAGAGAGGAAGGAAGCAGAUAUCAUGGAAUCAGUGCAACACACCCACACACAGAAACACUUACUGUAAGCUCCCAGCCCAAGUCUCUCACCACCAAGAAGUGCCCUCCCUCACCAUAAUGAGAUUCCUCUCUUCCCAUGAGCCCACCUUCAUUUGCUCAGUGGUGCAUUCUCUGGCUGUUAAACUGAAGGAUGGACUGUACAGGUUGUCUGGCUUUUAUCUUUUUCCAUGAUUCAUCUUCAUCUCUCCUUUGAAAGGGAGAGGUACAGCAGUGUUUUUAGUAAUUAUUCCAUCUGAGACAAGCAGAUCUAACCAGCACAGGAGAGGAGGUAAAAAAGAAUUAUCAUCUUAUGAGGGUCUUCCCAUACUUUCCUGGAGGCAUGGAAACAUUACUGUACCAAGAGAGAUGAUUGUAUUAAGGUUUAUGGGAUAUUACAGUAGAAGCUAUGGCAUCAGGUGGCCAUGCUCUCUUCAUACAGCCAAACAAUGCCAUGGCGACAUCCAUCUAUCCCACACCACUUUACAGCUGGAUUCACAUUACAUAAAUGUGAUUAAGUAGGGAAAACAGUUUGUUUUACUACCGCUCCAGAAAUCACACAAUAUUGUUCUCCAUAAUAACCCAAUUUUAAUAAAGGGCCCAUUUCAGAAGUUGUAGCUUGUCUAUUUCGACUUAAAGCUCUCUAUGUUAGAGAGGAAUAUUUGUGUUUUUGCCAUUUGUGUUUUCAGCAUGUUCCUAAUGACAGACCCGGUCAGAUAUCUGGAAAUAUGAACUUGCUAUAUUAUAUUGUACAAUGCCAUCAAAAUCAGACUGGACUGUAUGCCUGGCAGCAGCUUUAAGAACAUUAUUCCCUUCCUUCUCCCUGUCUCUUGCGGGGUCACUUAGAGGUCAUUUUCCUACAAUUAGUUGCACCAACAGCAUGUACUUUCAUGGAAUGUUGAUUUCUCUGUAAUACUGUAUGUAACCACACACUAUAACCAGGUAACUAAUUUCAAAUGGUAAGUCUAAUAAUGUAACUGUCUGUCACAAUGUAACUCUUUGUACAUUUUAUCCAACCUGUAUUCUGGAGAAAGUACAAUAUAUAGUAUGUAAGGACAUUUCACAUUGAUAUUCAUAUCUUGGUAGAGAAUAUUUUUUGUCAGCCUGUAGUUUCUGCUCAAAUAAAGCAGUUGGCAUUUCCAUAUCGACGCCUCAAUAAACAAUAGCUAUAGCAGACAAACAAUGCUGGAUAGGAAACAAUGGGAGGGUAUACGUUAGGUGUAAACUAAAAGAAGAGGACCUCCAGCUGUGGUAAAAGCCUGGGCCAUGUGAAGCAGAGGCAGCAGCAUCAUAAAGAUCAGUUGGGUGUUCUCUCUGCUUUCCAUUCUCUGGGCUCCUGCAGAGCCUUUUGUCUGCAUACAUACACAACUGUGGAUGGAUGCGUUUUAUAGCCUGUGUCAUGGAGAAAUACACUCCUAUUCUCACUGAUUGCUGUCUCCUGCCGGGCAUGCUUAUCAUGCCAUUGUCAUUGUUUUAUUGGUGUAACGAAUGGAUCUGAUAAGACUGCUUCUGCCAAGAACCUGCACAUGCCAUGUGCAUAUGUACGAUAGCAUGCUUUAGUAGUUCUGAAGUACAGCAGCUCAGGUGUAGAAAUGUACAGUGUUGGUUGUUAACACGACAAAGUCUCUUUUUGUGUGUUAGAAAACAAUACCGUGUUGACAUAUGCAUAGUAGUCGAUGAUCAUUUCAUAGGAAUGUUUCAGUAAAUUAAAUUAGAACUGUAAAUAAAGUUUAUACAUCUUUGUUCCA